GUUCUUGUUGGGGAAAAAAAAAGUUUCGAGAAUGUCUCUGCGAAGCUUCUGGUGCUUUCGUGUAGAAGGAUUACAAAUGGCGUCGUCUGGAAUCUGGAUUCUUCGCAUCUCUUUAUGUGGGAGAGAACGAGCGUUUGGGGACAAAGGUGUAGUAGGGCUUGAGAGCGAUUAUGGUUUCUGGGCAGAAACUCGGCUUCAACCUGUUUCGUCUCCUCCGGCCAUCGGUGCCGGAGAAUUCGAUUUAUCCGUUUAGGAGAUGUUCAUCAUCUCAUUCGUCCGAUUCUCUGAUGGAAAUCAAGUCCGGAGAGGUUGGGAUCGUCUCCGGCAUUCCCGAGCAACAUCUCCGACGAAGGGUUAUAAUCUACUCGCCAGCACGAACUGCUACACAACAAGGAUCUGGGAAAGUUGGAAGAUGGCACAUUAAUUUCCUGUCCACCAACAAGUGGGAGAACCCUCUGAUGGGUUGGACAUCAACUGGAGAUCCAUAUGCCAAUGUUGGCGAGGCUGGCCUCAGUUUUGACAGCGAGGAAGCUGCUAGGGCUUUUGCAGAGAGACAUGGAUGGGAAUACACAGUCAAGAAGCCGCACGCUCCGCUUCUGAAGCCCAAGUCAUAUGCGGACAACUUCAAGUGGAAGGGUCCUCCUGUCACCCAAGACAGUUGAAACUGUAUCAUUUCUUCACAAGGUGAUGUGUGUGUAUAUAUAUAUGUAUGUGUGUGUAGAGCUUCUUUGUUGUAAUUAUUUUGUAAAGAUUCAAACUUUAAUCCAAUAAGAGUCUGAACCAUGUGAUGGACCAUUCAGCUUUUGUCCAUCAAUGUGUUUUCAAACCUAUUUUGCUUGAUCUUAAUGUUUCCAUAUAGAAGAGAAGAAACUUGUGUUUUUUGUUUUUGCUAAUAUUAUUAUUGCACUAGAGAUAUAUAUAACUAAGUGAUAAAUAUACAGGUUGAAGCUAUGAGGCUAUAAAAUCUAAAAGCAAUAAGGCUGAAAUUUUUACAUAAUUAAACUGAGAA